UUAAAAAAAGAUGAAGACGAAAAUAAAAAAGGCAAAAAUAAAAAAGACAAAGAUGAAGGUAAAAAAAACAACAAUGAAAAGAGAAAAGACGGAGACGAAAAUAGAAAAGAUAGAAAAUACGAGGACGAAAAUAAAAAAGAUGAAGACGAAAUAAAAGUUGUAGAGGAAAUUUUAUAUGCUGGAAAUAGUCACUCGAUAUAA